AUGAUUGUCAGUCCGUGUUGUCGGAUUAUUAGAAGUUGCUGUGGGAGCAACCGAGGAACGUUUCACUCUCGCUUGGCUGCUUUGUGUCCUUCAUAUAUCAGAAUACCUAACAGCCACGCUCGGAUAUUUGUUACAAAAUCUAGAAAAACUAACCGUCCUAGUUCAUUUAUUUUUGACACAAAAGAAGCUAGGCAGCGUAAUUCAGAUUCAUCAACAGUGGGUUCAGAUCUGGAUGAAAUUUUAAAGGAUCAAACACCAUCAGCACAACUUCGACUAGUAGAUGCCUAUCGUAGAGGCUUUCAAUCGUCAGCUGACAGUGAAAAGUCAUCAACUGGAGCGCAGAUAUGGAGGACACUGAUUUUCAAGACUCUUGUUUUUGGAGUGGUUUCUUGCUGUACCAUAAUGCUUUUUAAAAAAACGCUUGGUACGUUCCCGAAAUUCUUGGACCAGAAUGUAGGGUCGUUUGCUGAAAACACUGACGUUAACUUUAGUGACGUUCAAGGAUGUGAUGAGGUCAAAAAGGAACUCGUGGAUGUUGUUGAGUUUCUUCGAAACCCUGAAAAGUUCAAUCACAUUGGAGCUAAACUCCCUAAAGGUGUUCUCCUUGUGGGUCCUCCUGGAGUUGGUAAAACCUUACUCGCUAAAGCGGUGUCUGGAGAAGCUCAAGUUCCUUUCUUAUAUGCUUCUGGGAGUAGUUUCGACGAAGUCCUCGUUGGACUAGGAGCUUCUCGUAUUCGACAACUUUUCACCACUGCCAAACAGAAUGCACCAUGUUUAGUAUUUAUUGAUGAAAUAGAUUCUGUCGGGGGAAAUCGGACAUAUUCUUCUCAUCAUCCUUUUGCGAACCAGACAAUUAACCAGCUUCUCGCAGAAAUGGAUGGGUUCCAGUCAAGAGAAGGAAUUAUUGUUUUAGGUGCAACAAAUCAAGCAGAAGUCUUAGACAAAGCUUUAUUGAGACCUGGUCGUUUUGAUGUCCAAAUUCAUGUAUCACCACCAACUUAUGAAGGCAGAAUAGCUCUUCUAAAUCUUUACUUAAAAAAAGUAAAAGCAGGCUCAAAUAUUGAUGUAGAAAAGUUGGCCCAUGGAACAGUUGGAUACACUGGUGCGGAUAUACAAAAUUUGGUUAAUCAAGCUGCUAUUGCCGCUGCACUACGUAAUGAUCCUUUUGUUGAAAUGCAUCAUUUGUGGGAUGCUCGUGAUCGACUAAUAAUGGGACCGGCUAAACGUCGUCCGUUGGAUGAUCAAACUAAUCGAGUGUCAGCAUUUCAUGAGGCUGGUCAUGCUUUAGUAGCAUUGUUGACUGCGGAAAGUAUACCACUACACAAAGUUACAAUUAUUCCUCGAGGUGAGGCAGGUGGUCUUACUAGUUUUCUACAAGAGAAAGAUAUUAGUUUUAUGACUCGUGCACAAUUAUUAGCUCAAUUAGAUGUAUUGAUGGGUGGUCGAGUUGGCGAAGAAUUAGUUUUUGGUGCAGACAAAGUUACCACUGGUGCAGCAGAUGAUUUUCGAAAAGCAACAGUUUUAGCUCAAAAUAUGGUUAAACGUUUCGGUUUUUCAAGUAAAAUUGGACCAAGAGUUAUACCAGAUACUCAGGAUGACCAGAUUGGUCAAGCUACACGUGACCUGAUCGAUAAAGAAGUUGACCAAUUACUCAAUGAUUCUUUAACUCGUGUACGUACUUUACUAUCUAAUCAAAGUAAACAACAUAGACUUCUAGCUGAAGCAUUACUUCAUUUUGAAACAUUGACCAAAGAUGAAGUGAUAGCAGUAUUAGCUGGUAAAAUGAAACCUCCAAAAACCCCAUCAGUAACAUCAAAAUCAACAACUCUUUUGCCACAGUUAGGUUCUUCAACAUCACCUGAAAUUCAUGUAUAAUUGUUCCAUUAAUCAUUGUACAUCUUAUUGAUUUUAUUUCGUUUUUGUCCAUUUAAUCGAUACUUUACACACAUUUAUU